AUGCCUUUCUAUAACUCUUACCCAGGCUUCCUCUAUCGCCAGUUCUUGGUCUGCCCUUCCAAGGCCCCAUCCACCACCUCCCUCCGCGGUAAGGCAGGUAUCGUGACAGGAUCUAACACUGGCCUGGGGUAUCAAGCUUCCGUCCAGCUUCUUGGCCUUGGACUCUCCCAUCUGAUUUUGGCCGUCCGGAGCAUCUCCAAAGGAGAAGCUGCCCGAAAAUCCCUUCUCGCCUCGCUUCCCGCCUCUGCUAAACCCCCGGUGGUCGAGGUCUGGGAGCUGGACCUAGGCAGCUAUGCCAGUACAGUCGCUUUUGCCGAGCGCCUCAAGAAGUCCGACAUUCAAGUCGACUUUGCUCUUCUCAACGCCGGUGUUGCCAACUUCAACUUCACCAUCAACCAACCUACCUCUCACGAGUCAAGUAUCCAGAUCAACUGGUUGAGCACAGCUCUCCUGACUCUUCUGUUAUUACCCAUGCUUGAUCAACAGGCUACCAACAACCCCAACCGCGCUCGCCCGGUGAUUUCCAUCGUCGGCAGUGAGACAGCCGCCUGGGCCAAGUUCGCCGAGGCUCAUGUAUCUACCAAGCAGGGACUUCCCCUCAUCGAAGUCUUGGAUGAAAAAGCCAAUUUUGAUAUGGGAGAUCGUUACUAUACCUCCAAGCUGCUCUACCAGCUCUUCUUCCUUGAGCUGUUCCGCAAUCGAUCCAGCGCUAAGCGCUCCUCGGGCGCCAUUCUUAACCUGGUCAACCCUGGUUUCUGUUAUGGUUCUGAGUUGCACCGUACAGCUGAAGGUGCAUUCGGUCAGGUUCUUGGUGGUAUGAAGAGAGUUAUUGGUCGCUCUGUAUCCAUGGGCGCUCGUACCCUGGUUCACUCAUCGGUGUUGGCUGGCGAACCCUCUAAUGGCAAGUACCUCAGUGACAACAAGCAGGCUCCAUUUGCAAAAUAUGGAGACAGUGAUUCUGGUAGAAUCACACAGGCACAGGUGUGGGAGGAGACAGUAUCCGAGUUGGGCCCUGUGGUUGACAUGGACAAGCUGUUGUCGCAGAUUUGA